AUUAUGCUUAUAGACAAACAAUACUAGGCCUGCCUGACGUAGUCUAGCUGAACCAAAACAUGAAAAGUUUCCGUCAAGGCCAUCGGCGUCUAGGCAGUCAGUAGUCAGUGCAUGACUUGGUCACAGGGCCACCAGCCUGGUCUUUUGCAUUCGGGUCCAAUAGCAGCAUACAGCUUCGUCAAACUCUAGCAGAACAUAAACCUUGGUUGUAUGUCGGUCGAUUUAUCUUCUCAACUGUUAUUAAAAGUGCUGGUUAAAGUUGGUGAGGAACGACAACCCAGUCCAGGUAUAUUACCAAGGAACACCAUGUCAACAGCUGUGGCAAUGCUACCGGAGAAGAACGCUCCGAUCUCUGACAAGAAAGAUGUUGCGGUUGUGUACAUGAUCGAGGAUAAACAUCUGCAAGUCUCGGUUGAUCACGACCAUGGGCGAAACCGGCGAGCAGCAUACUGCGCAUGCGCAGUGGUGCUGACGUCACUUAUCCUUGUCGCCGGUACCCUGGGAAUCGUUACUAUUGUCCUGUCGCACAGUAGCCGGGUCACCAGCGACGUGGAGCCUUUGCGUGAGCCCCUUCACCCCGACGGGAAUUCGUUUACCGAGAUUCCCGAAGCGUCACCGCGCCUCAUGAUCGACGACGGGGGGCUCUGGCCCCCGGGGCCCAUGACCCCUGACCUCGUAUCCCUGAACAGCGAUGAAGUAGGACGCCCUCCAGAGCUCGAUGAGCAAGCAUCCGGGAAUUCUUCUGGAGACAAUGAGGUUGCUGAUCAACACGAGGGGCACAAGGAGAAUCUCUCUGGCUCACACAUGCAAUCCUCCUCCUACUCCUCAGAAUCAGACCCAGGUUUUGGAUACUUUUCAGAUAUGUACUACGACAGUGGCUAAUUUUUCAUUAAGACUGAACUCAACCAAAUAUCAACAGAGAUGCUUCUUUAGUAGGCCUCAGCACGUGGCCUUUUUCUUUCAAUGGGACAAUACUUUUACACUUUUAAGUCAGCCGAGGACGGAUGGAAAGAAAGGGUUUUUUUUAAUUUCGUUUCUUUUUUGUGUCGAGAGUGUGAGGACUCCCCGCUUUAAAUGCUCCAUACCCAACUGCAAAAUAUAUGAACUGACGAUUAUAACAAUCAGUAUGUAAUUUGUCCUAUAUAGUUAUAAGCCAUUUGGGAGUGCUAUACCAUUUGGGAUUUAAAUUUGAAAAA